AUGAGCUAUGCAGAUCGACCAUGUCUCGUGGAUCCUGCAUCGAUAUCGACAUUCGUCUGCAUCAUUAGGAGUAUGGAUGCCAAGCAAUUGUGCAAGAAAGUGUCGCACCUCACGCCUGGAGAAAUCCUGGUAUGCAGGGGCGUAUCGCACGAGUGGCGUCAGGUAUUCUCGCCGUUCCUACAACUUCACGCUAUCUACUGCAACCGCGGUGCUGCCUUCAAGGCAAUGUUCGAGGCGCGACUCGAGACCCUAGGCCGGUUUGUCCAGUCGUUGAAGCAAGUUUACCCCUCCCAGCCUGAACUCGAGAGGAUACAGCGGACUUGUUCAGAAUUGAGGCACAUCGGAUUCAUUAUCAAGAGGAAAGAUAUGUUGAAUACGCGCGCCUUGGUCGAGUUCUUUGAGGCCAUGUCAACGCUGGAGCGGAUCGAGGUGUUUUCGUUCCACGAUCAGUCGGCCAUGACGUUUCUCUUCUGCCUUGCAUCCUAUGGACUCGAGGUACCACCAUCUGCAUCAGCAACUACAAACAAGGAUUCAGGAUUAAAUUCGGCCGCCCUAACAGCAGCGGGGGGAUCGUCGUCGCUGUUGUCAAAGGCGGAUACAGCGCUCAGGGAGCUUGAGAUUGGAUGUGCAGUCCAUUCCCUAAAGCCUUCUUGCUUAAAUUGGACCUAUCUGGAAGCUGUGCUGAAGAGACAUCCGCUGGUACAGAAACUUCGACUUCGACAUGUAACGCUUCUAGAGGAGCUGGAUCUCAAGGAUGCAGAAGGACUAGGUUGGGCCCGUUCUCUCAUCAGCAAGACUUUUCUUGGCCCUCAAGUUCAACAAAAGUGGACCGCUCUGGUGGGCAGAAUGGCAACAGGCACAGGACAUCAAGAGCAAAAGAGAGUUUUAAACAAGCUUAUGCCUUCAUUACUCUUUGUCUCGACAACAUGCCUCGGGACUACUACAUCAGCCAUGUUCAAUCAUGUCGAUACCCUUGUGCUGGACGGCGUCCAACUGUCAGAGGAAUUAUUUGAGAGCAUCCUAAGGCGCUGUCCCGUCUUGGCGACGCUAGAUCUCCGUCUAGUAGGGCUUGACCUUCCGAUGUCAGUAUGGCCACAUUGUCUUUCGCACUGCCCCCGGCUGGCAAACGUUAUGAUCAGAAACGAUUUCGGCGGCAUUCACUUGGAUAUUGCACAAUUCUGGACCUUAGUGCCAUCGACGCUGAUAUCUUUCCAUGCGAGUUCCAACCAUGAUGGUAUUAUAUUCGCAGAGCCAGGAUUUGAUUUGAGUCUGCAGAGCGCCGCUAUAACCGACCGCCGCCCCGGAUCAGCCCUUACCUCACUGGAUUUGUCUAUCGGAAUCAGCAUUGCCGAUAGUGGCGUUCGAUAUGUGAUGCAGUACUGUGGAUCAUUGGAAACCCUUACCCUAGAAUUCCUGUACUUCAAGGAGGACUGGGGGAAUGUUGGAGAAUCCAUCACCUUUCCUGUAUGGGCGUGCGGAACCACUCUUAAGAGGCUGGAGCUUCGAGCACGGUAUCGACCAUUCGAUCAAGAAUUGGACGAACGAGCACUCGGAUUUGUGAGACGACUUCAGGAUUUGAAGGUCCUGCAGAUGCUGGUCUUGCCCGCUAAAAUGCUGAGCGAUCUUUCAGAGAGCCAGCACGAGGACUAUGCAGCAUUCAGAGACGUGUUGGAUAUGUUAGAGCUUCAAGAGCUAUUGCGGGAUCAGGCGCAGGCGCAGCAGGCCUCUUCGCAAACGUCUUUAACAUUGCCUGGAAGCAGUAUAUUUGCACUAAACGAGGAACAGCAGUCAUUGCCUCAACAACAAGGACAUGUAUGGGAUCGGGACGCACUAGGGCCACGCAAUUUUGUUCCGCCGAUGCCCUCGGUUCGAGAAGUGAAGUUGACCGCAGCAAGUGGUGUGCGACUCUCGAUGCAGAUGCGAUAUUUACAUAUCUUGAUGGAAGCCAUGCCAGGGAUAAAGACGAUCUGGACAGCUAUGGCGCUGUACGAGUUGGACCGCAUCUCACGCUUCAACGCGAUCCACAAAAGGUUCCAGGAGCUUUAUGGUAAUGCCAAUGUCCAGCUCAAUCUCGGAGACUCGUAG